AUGCUUGUGAAGGGAUUCAGUUUUUUUUUUUUACCCUUGCUAUUCAAAAAGCACUGGACUGCAAUACUCAACUCCAGAGAUGAUGAGGACCAGCUGUGGUUUCAAAAUCAAUUAAGAAUGGAAACCACACAAUGUUGCUUAUAUUAUAGGGUCUAUGCAAUGUUCAGAAAAUGAAGAGCUACAGAAAUAUAAAUUUGAUAAGUUAAAAAAAAUGUAAAAGUCCCAAGUUUAAAACUUUUAAAUCUGUUUUUUUUUUACAUUCUAUUGUUUUAUAAUAUCAUUUUUUAAUUUCUUUUCAUUUUAUUUUGCACGUAUGUCCAUUGUUUAUGCAUGUGUAUGUUUUAUGACAAAAAUGCAAUGAAAUCUCCAUUUGAAUUAUUCUAGUCUUUUUACAAAGUAGCCAACUUUUACUAUGAUGUACCUUGCAAUAAAUUCUAUUCACAUUACUGUGUUAAAAAAUUACAUUGAAAAUGUAACUGAAUUUAUGCAUUAAUGGUUUUCUCAAUUUAUGUUCUAUCAUUUUGAGUAUUGUGUACGUAAAUACUCCAUUAAAAUGUACCAAUUUACUAUACUUUCCAUUUUAUACUUUUGUCAAGUAACUUGUUAAUGUUGCCAUGAUAUUAAAGUAUGUGCUUUUUUUUACAUCACUAACUUGUAUUGAAUGUAAUUUCAUCCAUCUGUUUUGUCUAAAAUUUUCCAUUACAGUCUGCAGCAGAAUUGAGGUCAUAGAUUUAUGUAAUAUGAGAUCACAGGUCAGAUACUUGUGUAUUCUGGUGAGCAACAAAUUAGUUUCUUGUAACCGACUCAGUACCUGGACAUCCAGGGUUGUGAAAGCAAUGGGAAGAUAUUUUUAUAUUUGAAUGUGUAUUCCAUAUCUGUUUUGACUCUACUAGAGACCAAGCAUGAUAAAUUGUAUUCUCUGUGAUUGGAGCGGGGAGACCGUAAAGGCCGCAGACUGGGAGAGAGGAGGGAGAGAGAGAGACCUGGGAGCUUGUGUGGCAGUCUGAGCAGAGGGAAGAGACUGUGUCCGAGAGACUUGAAAAAGCUGUAUACAGCGGGAAAGAGUUUAUGAUUUGCUGUUUGUUUUAUUUCUGAGUUGUGGUUGUGAAGAGCGCUGAGGCGCCGUGGGAAGAGAUAUCAAAGACAAUAAAAACACACAAGCUCCUCUAUUCGCCGAUCCUGUCUCCUUCUUCACCCCUAACUGAACUUUAUUACACUGGUGCCGAAACCCGGGAAGAAGGAGACUGCCGUCGCCAUCUCGAGCCCGUCAGGUUCGCCGUUUACGGAGAUUAUUCAAUCACUCGCGGCCAUGCAGAGGGAACAACAUCAAGCCCUGCUGUCCUUUAAGGAACAACACAAGCAGCGCUUCCAGGCGCUGCUUCAAGGACAGCAGGAGGACCGCGAGUUGUUCCGGAGCUGUUUCGACCAGGGGGCUGCGGCCACCCCCCCUACAACAUCGGCCGCGGCACUCUCGGUGUCAAGGAUGGGUCCCCAGGAUGAACCGGAGGCGUUCCUGGACCUGUUCGAGAGGACAGCUGAGGCCCGGGGGUGGCCCAAAACAGACUGGCCGCUGCGACUCAUCCCACUCCUAUCAGGGGAGUCGCAGCUCGCCGCCCACCAACUGCCAGUCUCCAGUCUCCUGGUCUACCAAGAUCUACGGCGCGCCAUUCUGCAGCGGGUCGGCCGGUCGGCGGAACAACAUCGUCAGCGGUUCCGUUCCCUGACUCUGGAGGAGGCCGGUCGGCCCUUCGUGAUGGCACAACAGCUCCGGGACUCCUGCCGUAAAUGGCUGGUGGCCGAGGGAAGGGACGUCGGGACAAUCGUCGACCUGGUGGUUCUGGAGCAGUUCAUCACGAGACUUCCCAAGAAAACAGCUCAAUGGGCCCAGUGCCACCGUCCGACGUCGCUGGACCAGGCCAUCCAACUGGCGGAAGAUCACAUGGUGGCGUGCUCGGGGGUCGGCGAACCCCUCCCAUCUGCCUCUCUCUCCCACUCUUUUUUCUUCCCCUCCCCAGUCUCUCUCUCGUCCCCCUCUGGAAAAACUAUCCCUUCUCCCAGGUCUCGGGGUGGGCCGGCGCCCAGGCUCGCGCCGCGAUGGAGAUCCGGCGGCCAGAGGGACUCCCCGUCGGCCGGGAGGAUGACGGAGGGGGGGACACCUGGCAGGGGAUUCCCCUCCCCGGCUCCGGUCGUUGCGCUCUCCCCACACCAAUCCCUUGCCCCACUUCCCGCCGCUGGGACAGCGGGAAAGCCCGGGCCGGCCUGUUGGCGCUGUGGGGAUCCGGGACACUUUAUCGAUCGCUGUCCGGUGAUGGAGGUGGGGACGCUGGUCCGGGUCCCCGACGCGCCAAGGGCCGCCCCCGAUCAAGCUGGCUUGUACCAGAUACCCGUGAGUAUCAAGGGGGGUACUUAUCAGGCUUUGGUGGAUUCAGGAUGUAACCAAACCUCGAUUCAUCAAAGCCUGAUUCGAUCUGGGGCAUUGGAUAACAGCCACAUGGUUAAGGUACGGUGUGUGCACGGGGUCGUGGUGAGUUAUCCCUUAAUGCCGGUAAAAAUUUUAUUCAGGGGUCAAAAGCAUAGUGUGGAGGUGGCAGUUAACCCGCACCUCCGGCAUCCGCUAAUUUUGGGUACGGAUUGGCCGGGCUUUACGAAUUUGUUGAAAUUUUUAUGUGCGGGUGCCGCUCGGGGGAAAAAGCAGCGGGGGAAGACAGCGAUGGUGCAGGUGGGAGACACUGUACCGGGACCUCUGGGCACUGCGGCGGGGGAACAGAGCGCGUCAGAGGGAAAUAUUCUCUCUGAGCGCGAUGAUUUUCCCUUGGAGCAGUCCCAGGAUGAGACGCUCAAACAUGCGUUUGAUAAGGUCCAGUCCAUCGACGGACGGCUGCUCCACCCGCACCAACCGCUCUCUUACCCCUAUUUUUGCAUAAUUAAAGAUAGGUUGUAUCGGGUGGCCCGAGACGCCCAGACAAAUGAGGAUACAACCCAGUUAUUGGUACCAAAGAGCCGUCGGGAAAUGCUUUUCCAGGCGGCUCACUGUAAUCCGAUGGCCGGUCAUCUAGGGCAAACGGCGACACUAAACCGUCUCAUGGCCCGAUUCUUUUGGCCGGGCAUUCACGAGAACGUGCGCAGGUGGUGCGCGUCUUGUCGCGAAUGUCAGUUGGUUAAUCCACCGGCCACUCCAAAAGCACCCUUGUGCCCCCUUCCACUGAUGCAGGUCCCCUUCGAGCGAAUUGGCAUGGACCUCAUCGGGCCAUUAGAACGGUCAGCACGAGGGCAUCGUUUUGCGUUAGUCUUAGUGGACUACGCAACACGAUACCCGGAGGCAGUUCCGCUUCGCAAUAUCUCAGCUAAGAGUGUCGCAAGCGCGCUGUUUUCAUUAAUCUCCCGGGUGGGGGUCCCGAAAGAGAUCCUCACCGAUCAGGGCACGGCGUUUAUGUCAAAGACAAUACGCGAACUUUACGAGUUGUUAGGCAUUAAAUCGAUUCGCACCAGCGUCUAUCACCCACAAACGGAUGGUCUGGUCGAACGGUUUAAUCGGACGUUAAAAGCCAUGAUUCGUAAGUUCGUUCACGAAGACGCCAAAAAUUGGGAUAAGUGGCUAGAACCCCUGUUGUUUGCUAUACGCGAGGUCCCCCAAGCCUCCACGGGGUUUUCCCCUUUCGAGCUUCUUUUCGGUCGUCAACCCCGUGGGGUGUUGGAUGUACUGAAGGAGACUUGGGAGGACGGACCAUCCGCUAGCAAAAACGAAAUUCAGUAUGUCCUGGACCUGAGAACGAAACUUCACACUUUGGGGCGGCUAUCUUUGGAGAAUUUUUUACAGGCCCAGGACAGACAGAGGCAGCAAUAUAAUAGGGGGGCUAGACUUCGUCAAUUUGCACCGGGAGAUAAGGUCCUUGUAUUACUUCCCACGUCCAGUUCGAAAUUACUCGCAAAGUGGCAAGGGCCCUUUGAGGUCACACGGCGGGUUGGGGAUCUCAACUAUGAGGUAGUGCGAACAGAUAGGGGCGGGGGUCGUCAGAUUUACCACCUCAACCUGCUUAAAAAAUGGGUUGAGGCUGAGACAGUGAUGCUGGCGACGGUGGUAGGUGGAGAGGAGGACCUCGGGCCAGAAGCGAAUAUCAAACACCAUUCCUUCGCUCUGGCUCCCUCUGGCGACCACCUCUCACCCUCGCAGCUCACUGACAUUAAGAAUUUACAAGCAGAGUUUGCGGAUGUGUUCUCGCCCCUACCUGGCCGAACGAAUCUCAUUCAGCACCACGUUGAGACUGAUCCGGGGGCCGUAGUACGUUGCCGCCCGUAUCGUUUACCGGAACACAAAAAAAAAGUGGUUCAAGACGAAUUAGAGACAAUGCUGGACCUGGGGGUAAUAGAAGAAUCCAACAGUGACUGGGCAAGCCCGAUAGUUUUAGUCCCGAAACCUGACGGCUCGGUUCGGUUCUGUGUGGAUUAUAGAAAGGUGAACGCGGUGUCUAAGUUUGAUGCUUAUCCAAUGCCGAGGAUUGACGAAUUGCUUGAUCGGCUUGGUUCCGCUCGAUUUUAUUCGACACUGGAUUUAACAAAGGGAUAUUGGCAGAUCCCCUUAUCUCCAAUGUCCAAAGAAAAAACAGCUUUUACCACGCCGUUUGGAUUACACCAAUUUGUCACGCUUCCGUUCGGGUUGUUCGGGGCACCGGCGACUUUUCAGCGUUUGAUGGACAGAAUUCUCCGGCCGCAUGCUGCAUAUGCCGCUGCUUACUUGGAUGACAUCAUCAUCUAUAGUAAUGAUUGGCAGCGUCAUAUGCAGUAUUUGCGUGCUGUCCUGAAAACGCUGAGAAGAGCUGGGCUCACGGCCAACACGAAGAAGUGUGCAAUUGGGCGGGUGGAAGUAAAGUAUCUGGGGUUCCACUUGGGACAUGGACAGGUGCGUCCCCAAAUUGAUAAGACAGCUGCAGUUGCAACCUGUCCAAGUCCGAAGACCAAAAAGGAGGUUAGGCAGUUCCUGGGGCUAGCGGGAUAUUAUAGACGGUUUGUACCUAACUAUUCGGACCUCGCUAGCCCGCUGACUGACCUAACUAAAAAGGGUGCUCCAGAUACGAUUCAGUGGACGGAGCAGUGCCAGCGGGCUUUUACCCAGAUAAAGGCUGCUCUGUGCGGCGGCCCACUUUUGCAUGCUCCUGACUUUUCUCUCCCUUUCAUCCUACAGACGGACGCGUCGGACAGGGGUUUGGGCGCGGUCCUGUCCCAGGAGGUGGGGGGGGAGGAACUGCCGGUGCUGUACAUCAGUCGGAAGCUUUCGAAGAGAGAGACGAUGUACAGCACCAUUGAGAAGGAGUGUUUGGCCAUACGGUGGGCUGUCCUCACCCUCCGCUACUACCUCCUGGGCCGGGAGUUCACCCUGUGUUCGGACCACGCGCCCCUCCAAUGGCUCCACCGCAUGAAAGAUACCAACGCGCGGAUCACCCGGUGGUAUUUGGCGUUACAACCUUUUAAGUUUCAGGUGGUCCACAGGCCGGGGACGCAGAUGGCGGUGGCCGACUUCCUCCCCAGGAGGGGGGGGGGGGAGGCUGCAGGCCGGACGGUUCUCCGGCCUGAGUCGGGCGGUGGGGCGGACAUCUCGGAAUGGAUGAAGGAACAUCACCUGCAGCUCAACCUGGCAAAAACUGAGCUUCUCGUCCUCCCUGCCAAUCCAUCUCUACAGCACGACUUCACUUUCCAGCUAGAUUCUUCCUCAGUCACCCCAUGA